UCCUUAGUGACGGUUCCUAGGAGACGAGCGGCUAGAACAAAGGCAGAUGCGUGGAACGCCCAGGUAGGUAGUCACGCGCGGAGACGGCGAAAGAGAACAGAUGGGUGUGUUGAUUGAGCAGGCUGCGUCUGCAGAAAAGAAGCUGUUCAUCAAAAAUGCCCUCAACCACUACUGCACCUCGUACACACAAUCACACAAUAAGACAGGCCCCUGGCCUCGCUUAGGUCAUCAUUAUGGGACAGGCUACUCCUCCAACCUGCGGCCAGCGGUCUACUACACCCCCAACCUGGAUAAAGAGGACAACCGUCAGCUCGGGCUGUCUUUGCUGAAUCCCGAGUCUCAGACAUGGCGUGACUUCCAGCCCAUCCGGAGGGCAAUCAGAGGCCAGCCUGCCCUCACACCUGCUGGGCAGGAGAGAGAGAGCGGAUACCUGCAGCAUCGCUUCCUACCACCGGCAGUUCCGAUGUCUCUGAAGACGGAGUAUAAGGGCUGUUUCAUACCUCAUCAACCACCGCCCUCAGUCUCGCGGGGGCACUGUGUGGUGGGAGAGAAGGGGGAGAGUGGCUUCACCGAGGGGGAGAGCCUGCAGUCCAACACCUUCCUGCCCCACUUCUGCCCCACGGACGACGCCCGGAGGAUGGGGAGGAGCAUGAUGAAGUCGGACUUUCUGCCAAAGCUCUUCCUGCAGGGGUCUGAGGAGUGUCCUGGUCUGGUAACCCAAGCCGCACGUGAGACGGGCUUCACCAGGGACACAGUGGAUCCUCUGGCUCAUCCGGCGUCUCUGUUGGCUCCUCCUGUGAAAGGUCAUAAGCAGAAGUCCAUCCUUCAUUUUCGCCGCUUCAGUGGAAAGAUGUCUCCUUCAGACUCCUCUGGUUUCACCCACAAUGCUCCGACCCUGAAGACCAACACACCUCCACCAGAACCUGCCCACUACUUCACCCACUACCAGCAUAGGUUCUGUGAUGUAACAGCUGCAGAGAGACUGAGGUCAGGCUGGACCAGAGGGGGCAUUCACACAAACAGAGCCAGCGGCUACGCAGGACGAGACACAGACAGGUUCAAUCUGAGGGGAUAGAAGAAUCAUGUU